GAGGGCGAGCGAGAGAGAGUGUGUGUGUGUGUGUGUGUGCGUGCGUGCGUGUGUCUUGAUGCACACAGGAUCAGAGCACCACGCGCCCCGGUGUGAUGGCUGGACCAGUAGCACACAGGAAACCUUCGCGUUUGCAAGUGCCUGGGGAUUUCCCCCUUCCCCUCCACACACGCACGCGCCUCUUGAAGUUGUAACCCUGCUAAACUUAUAUAAAACAGGGUGCGCGCAUGCAUGGAGGUGGGUUCCCCCCCGUGAUCCAAAGGCCGUGUGUGUGUGUGGAAUGAUCCUAACCCGCUCUCUCGUCCCCUUGUCUCCAGGAGGGCCGGGUAGAGGUGGCGGAGAAGAGCCCGCCGCCGAGCAGGAGGACCGGCCGCGGCCUCACGUCCUGUCGGGAACCGGCUUCUGCAAGUGGUUCAACGUCCGGAUGGGCUUUGGAUUUAUCUCACUGACGAGCAGCGACGGGAGCCCGGUCGAUCCGCCUCUGGAUGUGUUCGUCCACCAAAGCAAACUGGUGAUGGAGGGCUUCCGCAGCUUAAAGGAGGGUGAGCAGGUGGAGUUCACCUACAAGAAGUCCUCUAAGGGCCUGGAGUCCCUGCGGGUGACGGGACCAGGUGGGGGACCCUGCUCCGGCAGCGAGAGGAGACCCAAGGGGAAGGUCCCACUCCCGAAGCGCAAACCAAAGGUAGACCGCUGUUAUAACUGUGGAGGUCUGGAUCACCACGCCAAGGAGUGUGGCCUGCCCCCCCAGCCAAAGAAAUGCCACUACUGCCAGAGCAUUACGCACAUGGUGGCUCAGUGCCCCCACAAGGCGCUGGCGCCCCCCACAGGCUCUCAGGACCAACACGCGUCUACCUCGGCCACCAGCCCAGGGGCCGGGCCCUACCUCGGCCCCCAGGAGGAGGAGGAGCGCUCCGGCUCCUCUCCCCUGGAGGGCUCCUCCUCCUCCCCCGAGGAGCCCCACACACACCACGGCCCCCGGACCCAGAGGUGGAGGAAAUCCUGA